AUGAAGUCAUUCGUAUUACUGUUAAUUAGUGUCGCCGUAGUGGCAGCGAAGCCCACGGAUGAAGAUGUUGUCGGAUCUGUGAUCGGCGUCGUCAGGAGUUGUUCCGAGAAAGAUGUCUCUUUGUGUCUCAAGGAAAAAGCACUGAAAUACGCCGAAAACCUGUCAUCUGCUCGCGAAAUCAACCUGAUCGAUGGGAACCACGAGCGAGAGAGAGCCAAGUGGAGUCCAAGGCUAGUGGAUGCAGCAGCUGACUUCCUGGAAAACCACGUCAUCCAACUCAGGGUCCCAAAAGACACCGUCGACGAUGUUAAGAGAUCCCUUGAAGAAGGUCGUGGCAAGAAGAAGAAGCUGAAGCAGCUGAUCCCGAUCUUCGCUCUCCUGAACCUUAAGAUCCAAUCUCUCAUUCCACUCUUCCUUGGAAUCAUUGCCUUUGCUGCUGUCAAGGGUCUACUUCUCGCCAAGGCUGCUUUAUUGGCCUCCGCUCUUCUCCUGCUCAAGAAACUUCUUUCCAAGAACGACCACCAUGAAAGCUAUGAAGUCGUCGCUCAUCCUCAUCACGAGGAGCAUUACAGCCACGGCGGCGGCCACGGCGGCUGGGGCAGGUCCCAAGAUGCUCAGAAUCUAGCUUACAGCGCCUACUCCGACUAA